AUGACUCCAGCGCCCCCGAAGUUGAAGCCGAUUGCUUCCGGUGUCCCGAGCUUCCUUGAUCCCAGCCGGCCAGUGAAAAGCCUAUCGGUUGCUUUCUGGGUCUGGAAGGCGAUUCUUUUUGUUGUCAUAAUCAGCUGCCCCGGACUCGGAUACGACACUUCCGCAAGCCUACUUCCGUUCCAGCUCAACGGCUCGGCUGAGGUCAUUUCGUCUGCAGAACCCAAGCAUGUGUCCCUGCCAAUACCUCUCAAGUUCGUGCGCUGGGAUUCAAUCUAUUUUGUACACAUAGCUCAAUAUGGCUACCUCUUCGAACAAGAAUGGGCAUUUAGUUAUGUGUACGGAAGUCUGGCCAAAUUCUUAUCUUCUUGUACACUCCUCUCUCUCGUACUUUUCAACUCCAAGGCCUGA